AUGUCCGGCGUCAAUCAACUUAAGCCUGGAAUGAUGCGAGACCAACGAAGCUGCGACAAAAUCAGCUCCAUCUGCCUUCCCGAUCAACGCCUCAAACUUCCAGAAGGUCACAAAUGCUACGCUGCGGGUUGGGGUGCUACGGCACCUGAUUCCCGUCCACUUGCAAUACCCUCGGCACUCAUGCAAUUUUUUACAUCAAUCCUACCACCCACGAAGCAAUGUGGUCUUGGACAGUCCUCAAGUAAUCGUCGCUGCAAAAGCGCCAAACAACCACUAAAGUUACUUGAAGUCGAGCUACCAUUGGUGUCGCUCCAACAAUGCCGACGCAGCUUCCCAAAUCUAAGAGAUUGGGUUCAUGUAUGUGCGGGAGCAAGAGGAAAGGUAUUUAUUAUUUAUUUAUUUAUUUCAAAUGGCAGGCGUUUUGAUAGCUAUCAUUAG